UUGCUCCUCUUUUGCAUACAAAAUUGAUUCAUAUCCAGGGUUCGUUGCGAAUAGUGCGGUAAAUUGUGAAUCGCCUACGUUGAAAUAAUAAAGGAUGGCUCGUACAAAACAGACAGCGCGUAAGUCAACUGGUGGAAAGGCCCCAAGGAAGCAGCUUGCAACAAAAGCUGCCAGAAAAAGUGCCCCCUCCACAGGAGGUGUUAAGAAGCCACAUCGUUACAGGCCUGGUACAGUUGCCUUGAGAGAAAUCCGUCGUUACCAGAAAUCAACUGAAUUGCUGAUCCGAAAGUUACCAUUCCAGAGGUUGGUGAGAGAAAUCGCUCAGGAUUUCAAGACUGACCUGAGGUUUCAGAGUGCAGCAAUUGGAGCCCUUCAGGAAGCCAGUGAAGCUUACCUUGUUGGACUGUUUGAAGAUACAAACUUGUGUGCAAUUCAUGCCAAGAGAGUGACCAUUAUGCCCAAGGAUAUACAACUGGCCAGGAGGAUUCGUGGUGAACGUGCAUAGGCACAACAUUGACCUGUCCAUUUCAGAUGCAUUGUGCAACUCCAAUAUGAGCAUAACAAAAUCAUUUAACAUCUUUAAAGUUCUUUCGGUUGUGAAGGUGUCCAAGAUACUCCCAAUACAGAUAAUUUUAUACAUG